AUAAUAAUUUUAGGGGCCAACAGCAAAGCAUGCUGGGAGCUUCCUUCUUUCUCCCGGACGUCGUGUUACCGUUGUAGGCUGGUGAGCCACAAGGUACCGAACCGCAAAAAUGGUUGCUGCGAAGAAAACGAAAAAGUCUUUGGAAUCCAUCAACUCCCGGCUCCAGCUGGUGAUGAAGAGCGGUAAAUACGUGCUGGGGUACAAGCAGACGCUGAAGAUGAUCCGCCAGGGAAAGGCCAAGCUGGUCAUCCUGGGCAACAACUGCCCGGCCCUGAGGAAAUCUGAGAUUGAGUACUAUGCCAUGUUGGCCAAGACCGGUGUCCACCAUUACAGCGGAAAUAACAUCGAACUUGGUACAGCCUGUGGUAAAUACUACAGAGUGUGUACUUUGGCCAUCAUUGACCCCGGUGAUUCUGACAUUAUCAGAAGCAUGCCAGAGCAGCAACAGGGCGAGAAGUAAUUUCGCUUUCAAAAAAAGUUAUAAGUAAACCUAGUGAAAUACA